AUGCCCGGCUUGGAGCGGAUUAAUCGCUGCGGCCGUCUGAUCGAGGGCGCGCGACGGGAUUUCCUGAAAUAUUAUCUGAAAAAAUGUCCGACCCUAUUUCACAUCUGCUACGAUCCGAUCGGCACCCAUCGAAAAGCGAGGGCCUUCAUCGGAUUUCUCUACGGAUUUGUCGCAGCUGUCGUGUUGUACGAGGGCAUAAUCGUCGAUCUACAAUUUGACACGUAUACCAGCAUCUCUUUGGGAGCCAUCCUUGUCGCGAUGCUAUCGAUAGGAUGUGCAUCAUCGAUACAGGUAAGAUGCAUCUGUCUUUUGACAAUACCAACCUUCCUCGGCCGAUCCGGGCGCAACGUUUUGAGGGCUCUCGUAUUGGGGUACGUAAUAGCCGGGCCGAUAUUCAAUCUAACGUACAACAGUAAAGAAGUGGUGAGGACUUUCGCUUGCACAACACAGUUGACGUACAAUCUCACCCAGACACGCUUCGAUCUCAUGUUCAAGCCAUUCCAGCAGGCGGUGCUCGCCAUGAAAGCGGAUGCGAACGAGCUGAAGGACACCUUAUCCUCGGUGAGAGAUUUGAUGAGUCCGAUAGUCGAGGAAAUCGAGGGCGAAGAGGAGAUGAACAGGCUGAAAGAGGAGAACGACUAUUUGGAUGAGCUCCAGGACGAUACGAGGAGGAGCGACGAGAUCGAGGAGAAACAUGAGAAAGAGAUCGCGAACGCGAGGUCCGAGGCUGAUGUUUACGAGGCGAAGUACAAGAGGAAGAUCGAGGCGCGCUGCGAAGAGCAGCUUAGCCGCGGUGCCGAACGGUGCAGAGACAUGUUUGGUGACGCUUACGACAAGUGUUACGACACAGUGACGAUCUUCGCGGCCUGGCUGCUGUGCUGGCCAAUGAAGCUCACCUUCGUGUGCAACCUGGUGCAGGCUCUCGGCGGUUCCAAUAUCUGCGAUCCCGAGGGGAAAGUGGACGCUGGUAUCGGCGAGGGUUACGUCGCUUUAAAAAGAGCCAGGGAUGCGUUCAGCAAAAGUCUCAAGGACGCGAAACUUCAGUACAGAGUGAGGAAGAUGCCGGUGAUCCUAGAUCUUCACGACGCCACGGACGCUGCCCAGGCUGUGAUGCACGAAUUCAAUGCACGCAGAAAAGUCUUUGAGUCAGUGAUGAUGAUUAUCAAAAGAUGUCUAUCCUUCGUUUUCUUGAGAAUAAUCGUAAGUGCUCAGACGUAUCACGAGAAAUAUCUGGCUGAGAUCGAGCAUGACAACAUAUAUGUCACUUCGUACUUCCGUAAGAUCGACGCGAGACGAAAGGCUCGCGGUAGUCUGACCCUACUGCCUCUGAAGAAGAUCGAGAGAUCGAAAUUCGUGGAUCCAUACAGCCUGCGACCGGGCGAAGCCGAGCGGGUGAAUUUGACUGGCCAAACGAUGAAGUUGAUCCUCGAGAUGCUCAGCGUGACGACGUUUAUAUUGCUGGACAGGCUCUUCUUCGAAGCGCUCGAUUUGGUCAGAAGACACUCCCGCAUGGAAUAUACUCAGGCGGGUCAUCACGACAUGACCUUGGAGGUUCGCGGAAUCGGAGUGAUAGCCUCUCUGAUACGCAGCGUCAUCCGCGGAUUCAACGUGAAGAGGCGAGUGAAGACCGUGGUGUCCAACAGCGCGUGCUUACCGCGGGCCACCAGAGUACCGAAUUACAUGAUCCUCAAGAUCUACUCGAUCUAUCUGGCCAUUUGGGUGUUGCUGUUCACCGCCGCUUACACCCAGCGGCUACGGCGCGUGAUCUGCUCGUUCUUCUACAGGAAGCGCGAGAAGAGGCGCGUGCUGUACCUCUACAACGAGAGCCUGAGACGUAGACUCGGGCACGCCAGGUUUAUGCGAGCCAGGGUCAAGACUCUGGCCAGGACUCGUCGGCUGGAAUACGACAUAGAUCCGUGGAUCGCGCUGAGGCUGCGCUGGCCGGCGCUCUGCGGCUGGUUGGCGAUCUUUGCCCGGGCACGUUACAGGUGCCUCGUCUGCGGCGAAGUGGAGCCGAGGAAAGGUCCGCAGUUCCGUAGAUGCACGACACCCGGAUGUCCCUUCGUCCAUUGUUCCGAGUGCUGGGACGACAUCGGUAGGAUUUGCUAUGCCUGCACGGACAUCGGCGAAACAACGACGGAGGACGACACAGACGAGUUUGACACUCACGUAACAAAGUAGAAGGAGGGUUGUACAUACGAUUUCGUAGAUGUUUCAUUCGAUACGCGGAUUGUUAUAUCAUAAACUAUAUUAUCAAGUCAAUUAGAUUUAUAUAAUAAAGUUUUUAUUUCAUAAAAGGAGUUACAUGAAGGAAAUAACGAGUACAAAUUCAGAAUUUUACGAUUAUUUACAAAUAUGUUUCCAAAAAUUGAGGCUUAUAAUUUCAACGAGUUUUGAAUUUCCCGUACUCCAUGAAAAUAAUGUUUUUUUAUAAGAUAUGCGUAAAUACAUAAUAUAAAUCUAAUUGAUUUGACAAUUGAUAUUCAGUAUAACGUACAAUAGUAUAAUAUAAUUAAUACCAUAUCAAAAUAUUAUCAAAAAGUUAUCUGUAUGCCGAUGUAUAUACACAUUAUACUGAUAUUUAUAUCAUUCAGUUUAUUAUUUAAUUGUUAUAUAUAAAAGCGAAAAACAUAUCAAUAACAUAAUCGAUAUAAAAAAUACCGGAUGGUAUCAUGGAAUUUAGUUCGACAUUCGAAGAUCGAUUCUAAAUAUUUGCGUAUUUUUUACAUUAUC